AUGGGGUAAAAGUGUGUGAUUGUAACCAAUCUCAGUUGUCCUACCUGGCCCACACAAGAGACUGUAGUGAUAGGGGUUACAGCACACCGUUUCACUGCUGUCCAAUGCCCCAAAGCUUUGACAGUGGCACAGCGCUUUGAGUUGAGUCGAGUGGUGCAGGUCAGUCCAUCGGUAGAGUUUACAGAGCAGAAACGGGGGAGAUGCCGAGUAGCCACCUAAACGCAGCUCCGUCUGGGGUACCAGAACACAGUCACUGGGCAUCCCUCCUUUCGACUCCACCGCCUCCAACAAGGCAUCCAGCGGUUUCUCCUUGAGUCUUUUCAAAAGAGCAUAGGUAACGUUCUUGAGUUCUUGCUCGUCCAUCGAGCCAGUGUUCCCCUCCCGUCCCGCGAGGAUACCUCCAUCGCGGGGACUAGAGUUUCGAAUACCCCGGGUCAAGACGGGGCUCCGAGGUCUAGGGUCCCUGUCUCGAAACAAACAGCAAGUAACCGUUCUACUGUCAUUCUCGUGUUCUGGCUGAGAGCCUCGGUGAUGGGGGACGGGGACACACAUGGCAUCCCCCUGACCAUGGUCCGAAUUGUCCCCCGGCGCCGACUCUGCGCUGUCCGUGGGGUCUGUGUUGCACACUUCGUCGAAAGUUCCCAGAGAUGGCGAGGCACGGGUCACCGACCCGAGCUCCGUUUUGGGAAUUUUUUCUGGGUUACUGCCACACGAACCGUUCCGAAACCCCUCGCUUCGUUUGCUUCUCCCAUCUCCCCCGUCUCUGUCUGGGACUAAACGGCUUCUCCAGAGUCGCCGUACAAGACCUGAGCGUUUCGACCUGAACAUACGACAAUUUAGACCGUUUUGGAUGUGUCGUAUUGUUCCCGUCCAGGUCUGCGAGGAUUCCACAUGGAUUUAUGGUCUCCGCACAACAUUAAGGUUUUGUAAACGGCGCGCACUACAUGCGCAGCCGGGGGUCGUAGAUUUAUGACUAACUCGCAGCAUUAGAAUGUAAUUUACGGUUGUAUGUUGCAUUAAACAAAGUCAAAUGUAACGAGAUUACACAGCUAAACAGAAUGCGACAUACAUGCAUUUACUGGACUGUUAUUUCCUAUAACCAUAUAGCCUACCAACUCAAUGAAAACGUUUGUCUUUACAGAGAGGCUACAAAAUUCCCCAAGACUAUCUUCCCAGCAGCAAUUCCUAGGCUAUACCAUCAUUAUUCCUCCAAUAACUAGGCUAUAGCUACCACAUGAAACGACAGCAAAAGUUUUUUUUUUCUUGGACUUUGAGCACCCUUAGUUAAAUCCUUCGCUUUAGAAUCCUUCUGACGGCACAUCGAUGGAGUUGCUUUACCACGAAAUAAUCCCAAAUAAUCCUUGCCGCAUUCAGAUUCCCAUGUUAUUUUCCUCCGUAGUAUACAAUAAUCCGUUAGCAAACCCGAAAUAAAAAGUUUACAUGGAGCUUUUAUGCUGCUCAAACACACGGAUGCAGAUGUAGCUCCUCCGAUUCAAUGCUCAGAAGUGGUUUAAAGGAAAAUUGGAAUUACUUCACUGCCAGUCUCACUCUCUGCUAUUCUUUUUCGGAUACACUCGUCCGUACACACACUGGGGCCCCAGGAAAGCUCUGGAGCCAUUGGUUGAUUCCCAUCAUGUGCCAGUCUAGACACUUUGGCGGCUGUGAGCCGCACUGAUUGUUGCGCAAACAUGGUUUCAAGUUUCUUAACUCUUAAAGGCGCAACAUCCACCUUUCUUCUGUCAAACUUUCAGCUCUUCCCACGAACUUUAUACCACAUUGAACAUGUUUACUAACCUACCAAAAGAUCAAUGCACACGUUUAUCUUAGGGAAACACUUAAUGCUUAGUUACAGAAACUCGCCCAUUCAGUAACAUACUGUAUGGAAUCUGAAUGAUUUCUGAUUUUCAUUCUAUAAGAGCACAAUCUGCAUUUGAAUUGAUGUCAUCGAGAAGCCAGCAGAUACUGGAAAAGUGUGUGCCCUGUAGGCCUAUAUUUUAGUGCAUGUUUUGACUCCAAAUACGUUGUCAUUACUACCUUAUUUAUUACACAGGCAAAAUGCCAUUAAUGAUUUAUAGGUUAUAAACAACACAAUAAUAUGUAUACUCAUCAUAAUAAUCAACAAGGACCUUAUUACUACAGAACUAUUUUCAUGUUGUUAUUAUUAUUACUAUCAUUAUCAUCAUUGUUAUAAUUAGGCUAUUAUCAUAAUUACUAUUGCUAUGGAUACAAGUAUUUCACUGUUCUUUCAUUAAAGGGUUAAUGCCUUUUCAAGUGCAGUUAAGAAGGCAUAGCCCCGCCCCAUUAUAUAUUGAUAUAGUUCAGAGUAGCAGUUAAAAUGCCAUAGCCCGCCCCAUUAUAUAUUGAUAUAGUUCAGAGUAGCAGUUAAGAAGCCAUAGCCCCGUCCCAUUGCAUAUUAUUAUAUUGAUAUAGUUCAGAGUAGCGAUUAAGAAGCCAUAGCACUGCCCCAUUAUAUAGUGAUAUAGCUCAAAGUAGUCUUGCAGCAAAAGACUCAUGGGGCCAAUUGCAACCAUUGAAAGCCACCAGAUUAUGGCCAGCUGAUCUCUCGUUAAACCAUCAAUACACGCUAAAAUCACCUGCACAGCUGAUCUCAAUUGCAACCAACAUAGAGAGCAAUAGUAAUGGUGUCUUUCUGUAGGCAUUAACUCCACCAUGACUUGAUGGCCAAAGCCUAUGGAGAAAUUAUAUAUGUUUUGGGAUAAACGCCGAAAAUAAGGUAUGUGGUAAACACAGGUUUAGGAGAUAGUAUACCAGGGAUCAUCAUCUAGAUUCACCCGCUGACCGAUUUUUUUCUUGAGCGGAUGGUCAGGGGGCUGGAACAUAAUUACAAAUAAUUUGUAGACAGCAAAUUGACCGCAAGAAGCCCAAACAGCAGCUAAUGGGGAUCCAUAAUAAAUACAAAUAUAAAAACAGAUAUAAUAUUUCACUAAAACAUAAUUUCAAACCUUACUUACAUUUGUAUACGAUCACAUACAGUAUACAGUAUCUCUCUAUUAUGCGUGGGAAUACUUUGGAACAGAUUUCCUAAAUUAAAAUCACCUGGAGCUGAUUUGCUGGUGUUUUUACAAUAAAAAAUAAAAAUAUAUAUUUUUUUUGCUAAGAAAACUUGGGGUGCCAAAUAAAAUCACCCUUGGGCCAAAUUCGGCCGCCAGUUGGGGAACCCUUCUUACACGAUUUGUCUUUAUACCUAUAAGAUCUCCUAAGCCUGUGUUAACCUCAGACUUUAUUUUCGUCAUUUAUCCCAAAACCCCAUUCCUUCCCCAUUCAUUUCCCCCAUAGGAAUGGCUGAACGAACCAGAGCUAAAUCAUUUCCGUUUUUCUAGGACAACAAACUGGCGAGCUCUACUAAAGUUAGUCUAUAAAGUUAUUUAGAAUGGCAUAUAUUAUAUUAGUUUGUCAUUUAAGGUGAAAUGUUUGAAUGAAAUGUAGGACUACUACUUCUAUAUUCUUGUAUUCUAAUAAGUAUUUUUACAGUAAUCAGCCUUAAGUUUUCCGUCGAUAUUUCAUUGGGGGCGGAGUAUAGAAUCUAGACCAGCUGUCUUGUAUCAUAAUCACUUGACAGUAACAACGAGAGAUCAACUGAUCUGAUGGUUAAACGUUGCAAUCAAGCUUAGUUUAGCCGCAGGUGAAUGUAAUCUCCCGUUAGUAGCGUUUUAAGAAAUCCAGCGGUAACCUGCAGCAGUGCGUUAAAUUCUGCCUGUUCGUUGCAAUCGAGCCAUGUAGUUUUGGGCAGCCAUGCCAUCAAAAGGUGAUACAGUUAAGGUCCCGUGAAAGUCCACUCACUGACUCAGGUUCAUUUGGACAAAGCUAUGUUCUUAAUCAAACCCUGAUCUAAGGUCAGUUGUUAACCAUAGUCGUGUAGAGCAGCGGGAACAAACUGGAUGAAACUUUUCCAAACGCAAAACAAAAAGGAGCAUUCAUUUUGGAGAAGUAAAAAAUAGGAUCUGGAAAAACUAUUGGCCUACUAAAGUAAUUGUUUCCUGCACAGUCCUCCUACUGAACACCCCCCCAGUUCUUUGAAACCUCCAACCCAAUGACAAAAGUGCAAACACACACCUAUAUUUUUUUUGUUCACACAGAAGAAGACAAGUGAAAGACAAAACAGUGCAGAUAAAAACAUGGUAACCACUGAUCCUAGAACAGAUGGAACCAUGAGAGACAAGAGGACCUUCUCCUUUGGCAUUGUGACAGCCAUGAUGGUGACUGCACCAACACAACUGACUCCAGGUCUCCAUUUUUUUUAGGAGCUUUGGCUGUUUGGCAGAUGCCAGGCUGUAGGAUUAGCACGAUGUUCCAGGCACAGGAGGUUGGUGCCACCUUAAUUGGGGAGGACGGGCUCAUGGUAAAGGCUGGAGCGGAAUAAGUGGAAUGGUAUCAAAUACAUCAAACACAGGGUUUCCAUGUCUUUGAUGCCAAUCCAUUCACUCCGUUCCAGCCUUUAUUAUGAGCCGUUCUCCCCUCAGCAGCCUCCACUGGUUCCAGGUCAUGACCUGUUUGUGACUGAACUAAGAAUAUAUAACCCUGUGUGUACGCAGGUUACACAGUACGUAGGUUACACAGUACGUAGGUUACACAGUACGUAGGUUACACAGUACGUAGGUUACACAGUACGUAGGUUACACAGUACGUAGAGCUUUUUACGCUGCUGCUACUCUGUUAAGUAUUUAUGCAUAGUCACUUUAACUCUACCCACAUGUACAUAUUACCUCAACUAGCCGGUACCCCCGCACAUUGACUCUGCAACGGUACCCCCUGUAAUAAUAGCCUCCCUACUGUCACUUUAUUUUACUUCUGCUCUUUUUUUCUCAACACUUUUUUUGUUGUUGUUUUAUUCGUACUUUUUUUGUUUAAAAUAAAUGCACUGUUGGUUAAGGGCUGUAAGUAAGCAUUUCACUGUAAUGUCUGCACCUGUUUUAUUCGGCGCAUGUGACCAAUAAAAUUUGAUUUGAUUUGAUUUUGAUUUGAUGUGCUUUUCCUCUCUUUGUGGCCCCAUCUCAACCAGUAGGUUGGGAGGACUGAAAGGCACGCUGAAGUCUUUCUGUGGGGGUCAGGUUUCGUCCAAAGGAUCAGAGAGUUGGGGUGGUGGAGGCGGAGGUGUAAAGGGGUGAGGGGUUAUGGGGAAAGGGUGUGUGCAAGGCACCUGUUCAAAAUGUGUUCCCCAGUGUAACUCAAUCAAAUGCUGGACAGGGAAAAGAAAACUGUUAUUAGAGAGCUUCUGCAGACUUGCAUGUGCCCCAGUUUGAAAACGCCAUUGAGACAGGAAAGACAAGGAAGAGUGAUCAUAGAUCUAAUGUAAACCGGUCUAUAGCAUGUCAUGCAAUUAUCAAGUUGGAAUCGUGGCGAAAUAGGACAUCAAAGGUCUCUACACAAGGAGACUUUUUACAUUUCUCUGUAAUCAUAGGGCAUAUAGGAGACCAGGCAGGUUGUCACACUGGUCAUAACUAAACAUCUGGAGGGUUUGGAGCCAAUGACAAUGAAAGUUCGGUAUCCGAAUGAUCUGUUGUUAUAGACUCAGUUGCAACAAGUCAAACAAUGGAAAACCUAUCAUUUGCAUCCUGGACUAGUAGCCGUUAGCCAAGUGGUUAGAUUAGAAUGGCUGUUAUUAGAGUGUAUCCAUCCUGGACUAGUAGCCGUUAGCCAAGUGGUUAGAUUAGAAUGGCUGUUAUUAGAGUGUAUCCAUCCUGGACUAGUAGCCAUUAGCCAAGUGGUUAGAUUAGAAUGGCUGUUAUUAGAGUGUAUCCAUCCUGGACUAGUAGCCGUUAGCCAAGUGGUUAGAUUAGAAUGACUGUUAUUAGAGUGUAUCCAUCCUGGACUAGUAGCCGUUAGCCAAGUGGUUAGAUUAGAAUGCCUGUUAUUAGAGUGUAUCCAUCCUGGACUAGUAGCCGUUAGCCAAGUGGUUAGAUUAGAAUGGCUGUUAUUAGAGUGUAUCCAUCCUGGACUAGUAGCGUUAGCCAAGUGGUUAGAUUAGAAUGGCUGUUAUUAGAGUGUAUCCAUCCUGGACUAGUAGCUGUUAGCCAAGUGGUUAGAUUAGAAUGGCUGUUAUUAGAGUGUAUCCAUCCUGGACUAGUAGCCGUUAGCCAAGUGGUUAGAUUAGAAUGGCUGUUAUUAGAGUGUAUCCAUCCUGGACUAGUAGCCGUUAGCCAAGUGGUUAGAUUAGAAUGGCUGUUAUUAGAGUGUAUCCAUCCUGGACUAGUAGCCGUUAGCCAAGUGGUUAGAUUAGAAUGACUGUUAUUAGAGUGUAUCCAUCCUGGACUAGUAGCCGUUAGCCAAGUGGUUAGAUUAGAAUGCCUGUUAUUAGAGUGUAUCCAUCCUGGACUAGUAGCCGUUAGCCAAGUGGUUAGAUUAGAAUGCCUGUUAUUAGAGUGUAUCCAUCCUGGACUAGUAGCCGUUAGCCAAGUGGUUAGAUUAGAAUGCCUGUUAUUAGAGUGUAUCCAUCCUGGACUAGUAGCCGUUAGCCAAGUGGUUAGAUUAGAAUGCCUGUUAUUAGAGUGUAUCCAUCCUGGACUAGUAGCCGUUAGCCAAGUGGUUAGAUUAGAAUGCCUGUUAUUAGAGUGUAUCCGAAUUUAUAAAGGUAGAAGACUAAAAACCCCUCCGGCUACAGAAGCAAACUCCCACAAGGCAAUUUGUGCCACAUCCCUGUAUUGCCUAGUAGAUACAGUGCCUUGGGAAAGUAUUCAGACCCCUUGACCUUUUCCACAUUUUGUUACAGCCUUAUUCUAAAAUGGAUUAAAUUGUUUUUUCCCCUCAUCAAUCUACACACAUUACCCCAUAAUGACGAAGAAAAAAUAGGUUUUUAGAAAUGUUAGCAAAUUUAUUUAAACCCCCCCCCCCUUUACAUUUAAGUCAUUUAGCAGACGCUCUUAUCCAUUUUAUAUUUAAUGUGGGGUGGGGGAGGGGUAGAAGGAUUACUGUUAUACAUUUACAUUUACAUUUACAUUUAAGUCAUUUAGCAGACGCUCUUAUCCAUGUUUUAUUUAUUGUGGGGUGGGGGAGGGGUAGAAGGAUUACUGUUAUACAUUUACAUUUACAUUUACAUUUAAGUCAUUUAGCAGACGCUCUUAUCCAGCGACUUACAGUUAGUGAGUGCAUACAUUCUUUUUUAUACUGGCCCCUGUGGAAUCGAAUACAACCUGGCGUUGCAACGCCAUGCUCUACUGAGCUACAUCCCUGCCGGCCAUUCCCUCCCCUACCCUGGACGACGCUGGGCCAAUUGUGCGCCGCACCAUGGGUCUCCCGGUCGCGGCUGGCUACGACAGAGCCUGAAUCUCUAGUGGCACAGCUAGCACUGCGAUGCAGUACCUUAGACCACUGAGCCACUCGGGAGACAUUAUACUAUCCCAGGUAUUCCUUAAAGAGGGUUUCAAGUGUCUCCGGAAGGUGGUCAGUGACUCUGCUGUCCUGUAUCAUAUUUACAUAAGUAUUCAGACCCUUUACUCAGUACUUUGUUGAAGCACCUUUGGCAGUGAUUACAGCCUCAAGUCUUAUUGCGUAGGAUGCUACAAGCUUGGCACACCUGUAUUUGGGGAGUUUCUCCCAUUCUUCUCUGCAGAUCCUUUCAAGCUCUAUCAGGUUGGAUGGGGAGCGUCGCUGCACAGCUAUUUUCAGGUCUCUCCAGAGAUGUUCGAUCGGGUUCAAGUCCGGGCUCUGGCUGGGUCACUCAAGGACAUUCAGAGACUUGUCCCGAAGCCACGCCUGCAUUGUCUUGGCUGUGUGCUUAGGGUCGUUGUCCUGUUGGAAGGUGAACCGUCGCCCCAAUCUGAGUUCCUGUGCGCUCCGGAGCUUGUUUUCAUCAAGGAUCUCUCUGUACUUUGCUCCGUUCAUCUUUGCCUCAAUUCUGACUAGUCUCCCAGUCCCUGCCGCUGAAAAACAUCCCCACAGCAUGAUGCUGCCACCACCAUGCUUCACCAUAGGGAUGGUGCCAGGUUUCCUCUAGACGUGAUGCUUGGCAUUCAGGCCAAAGAGUUCAAUCUUGGUUUCAUCAGACCAGAGAAUCUUGUUUCUCAUGGUCUGAGAGUCCUUUAGGUGCCUUUUGGCAAACUCCAAGCGGGCUGACGUGCCUUUUACUGAGGAGUGGCUUCCGUCUGGCCACUCUACCGUAAAGGCCUGAUUGGUGGAGUGCUGCAGAGAUGGUUGUCCUUCUGUAAGGUUCUCCCAUCUCCACAGAUGAACUCUGGAGCUCUGUCAGAGUGACCAUGGGGUUCCUGGUCCCCUCCCUGACCAAGGCCCUUCUCCCCUGAUUGCUCAGUUUGGCCGGGCGGCCAGCUCUAGGAAGAGUCUUGGUGGUUCCAAACUUCUUCCAUUUAAGAAUGAUGGAGGCCACUGUGUUCUUGGGGAUUUUCAAGGCUGCAGAAAUGUUUUGGUACCCUUCCCCAGAUCUGUGCCUCGACACAAUCCUGUCUCGGAGCUCUACGGACAAUUCCUUCGACCUUAUGGCUUGGUUUUUGCUCUGAUAUGCACUUUCAACUGUUGGACCUUAUAUAGACAGGUGUGUGCCUUUCCAAAUAAUGUCCAAUCAAUUGAAUUUACCCCAGGUGGAUUCCAAUGAAAUUGUAGAAACAUCUCAAGGAUGACCAAUGGAAACAGGAUGCACCUGAGCUCAAUUUCGAGUCUCAUAGCAAAUGGUCUGAAUACUUAUGUAAAUAAGGUAUUUCUGUUUUCGCUUUGUCAUUAUGGGGUAUUGUGUGUAGAUUGAUGAGGGACAUUUUUUAUUUAGUCCAUUUUUAGAAUAAGCUGUUACGUAACAAAAUGUGGAAAAAUCAAGGGUUCUGAAUACUUUCCGAAUGUACUGUAUGUCCUCACUGAACCUCUUGAUCCCCAACCAUGACCUAAAUGAAUCUAAAUGCAAAAGGCAUCUCAAUCUUAUUUUCCGAGAAGCUGACCCAAUCAGACAUUAAGGCAGCCUUGUCAAAAUUGAUUUGUUUUGAAGCCACUUCACGGCUGACCCCUUAAAGCAACCUAGACUGAAGAUCCCACUUCAAAACACAAACAAACAAAGGAUGUUCAGUUUAUUCUCAUUUCUAAUAAAAUGCAAAACAUCUGCCAGAUUCCUGCUUAAUUGGUCAUUUUUAGAUGAUAUGGAACCGUCGUUCUGAUGUUGCUCAAUAAACAAUUAGUGCCUCGAGGGCUGAAAAGGUAAUUAUAUUGACUUCUAACUCUCCUAAUUUGGUUAGUCUUUGGUGAUGAGAGACAACAAGAUUGUGUGUCAUAAUAGCACACACAAGUACGCACACACACACACACACAAGCUCCUCCCUUCCUAUAGGCAGAAACUCAAACAGGAAGUACCCGUGCUAAACAGGAAGUACCCGUGCUAAGGUCUAUUCAACGCUGGUCUGACCAAUCGGAAUCCAUGCUUGAAGAUUGUUUUGAUCAUGCGGACUGGGAUAUGUUCCGUGUAGCCUCUGCGAAUAACAUUGACGUAUACAUGGACACGGUGACUGAGUUCAUCAGGAAGUGUAUAGCGGAUGUUGUUCCCACUGUGACUAUUUACACCUACCCAAACCAGAAACCAUGGAUAAAUGGCAGCAUUCGCAUAAAAUUGAAAACGCGAGGUGACUGGGAAUAUGGUUGAAUACAAACAGUCUAGUUAUUCCCUCCGUAAGGCAAUCAAACAGGCAAAACGUCAGUACAGAGACAAAGCGGAGUCGCAAUUCAACAGCUCAGACACAAGACGUAUGUGGCAGGGUCUACAGACAAUCACAGAUUACAAAGGGAAAACCAGCCACGUCGCAGACACCGACGUCUUACUCCCGGACAAGCUAAACACCUUCUUCGCCCGCUUUGAGGAUAACACAGUGCCACCGACGUGGCCUGCUCCCAAGGACUGUGGGCUCUUCUUCUCAGUGGCCGACGUGAGUAAGACAUUUAAGCGUGUUAAACCUCGCAAGGCUGCCGACCCAGACGACAUCCCUAGCCGCGUCCUCAGAGCAUGCGCAGACCAGCUGGCUGGAGUGUUUACGGACAAAUUCAAUCUCUCCCUAUCCCAGUCUGCUGUCCCGACUUGCUUUAAGAUGUCCACCAUUGUUCCUGUACCCAAGAAAGCAAAGGUAACUGAACUAAAUGACUAUCGCCCCGUGGCACUCACUUCUGUCAUCAUGAAGUGCUUUGAGAGGCUAGUUAAGGAUCAUAUCACCUCUACCUUACCUGACACCCUAGACCCACUUCAAUUUGCUUACCGCCCCAAUAGAUCUACAGACGAUGCAAUCGCCAUCGCACCGCACACUGCCCUUUCCCACCUGGACAAGAGAAAUACCUAUGUAAGAAUGCUGUUAAUUGACUAUAGCUCAGCCUUCAACACCAUAGGACCCUCCAAGCUCAUCAUUAAGCUCGAGGCCCUGGGUCUGAACCCCGCCCUGUGCAACUGGGUCCUGGACUUACUGACGGGCCGCCCCCAGGUGGUGAAGGUUGGAAACAACACCUUCACUUCGCUGAUCCUCAACACAGGGGCCCCACAAGGGUGCGUGCACAACCUCCUCCUGUACUCCCAGUUCACCCAUGACUGCGUGGCCACACGCCUCCAACUCAAUCAUCAAGUUUGCAGACGACACAACAGUAGUAGGCCUGAUUACCAACAAUGACGAGACAGCCUACAGGGAGGAGGUGAGGGCCCUGGCGGAGUGGUGCCAGGAAAAUAACCUCUCCCUCAACAUCAACAAAACAAAGGAGCUGAUCGUGGACUUCAGGAAACAGCAGAGGGAGCACGCCACCAUCCACAUCGAUGGGACCGCAGUGGAGAAGGUGGAAAGCUUCAAGUUCCUCGGCGGACACAUCACUGACAAUCUGAAAUGGUCCACCCACACAGACAGUGUGGUGAAGAAGACGCAACAGCGCCUCUUCAAACUCAGGAGGCCGAAGAAACUUUUACAGAUGUACAAUUGAGAACACCCUGUCGGGCUGUAUCACCACCUGGUAUGGCAACUGCACUGCCCCCAACCGCAGGGCUCUUCUGAGGGUGGUGCAGUCUCCCCAAAUCAUCACCGGGGGCACGCUGCCUGCCCUCCAGGACACCUACAGCACCCGAUGACACAGGAAGGCCAAAAAGAUCAUCUAGGACAUCAACCACCCGAGCCACGGCCUGUUCAACCAGCUACCAUCCAGAAGGCGAGGUCAGUACAGGUGCAUCAAAGCUGGGACCGAGAGACUGAAAACCAUCUUCUAUCUCAAGGCCAUCAGACUGUUAAAUUGCCAUCGCUAGCCGGCUGCCACCCGAUUACUCAACCCUGCACCUUAGAGGCUGCUGCCCUAUAAACAUAGACAUGGAAUCACUGGCCACUUUAAUAAUGGAACACUGGCCACUUUAAUAAUGUUUACAUACUGCUUUACUCAUUUCAUAUGUAUAUACUGUAUUCUAUUUUACUGUAUUUUAGUCAUUGCUCGUCCUAAUAUUUCUAUAUUUCUUAAUUCCAUUCUUUUACUUUUAGAUUUGUGUGUAUUGUUGUGAAUUGUUAGAAACUACAGCACUGUUGGAGCUAGGAACACAAGCAUUUCGCUACACCCACAAUAACAUCUGCUAAAUACAGUGGGGAGAACAAGUAUUUGAUACACUGCCGAUUUUGCAGGUUUUCCUACUUACAAAGCAUGUAGAGGUCUGUAAUUUUUAUCAUAGGUACACUUCAACUGUGAGAGACGGAAUCUAAAACAAAAAUCCAGAAAAUCACAUUGUAUUAUUUGUAAGUAAUUAAUUUGCAUGUUAUUGCAUGACAUAAGUAUUUGAUACAUCAGAAAAGCAGAACUUAAUAUCUGGUACAGAAACCUUUGUUUGCAAUUACAGAGAUCAUACAUUUCCUGUAGGUCUUGACCAGGUUUGCACACACUGCAGCAGGGAUUUUGGCCCACUCCUCCAUACAGACCUUCAGGUUUCGGGGCUGUCGCUGGGCAAUACGGACUUUCAGCUCCCUCCAAAGAUUUUCUAUUGGGUUCAGGUCUGGAGACUGGCUAGGCCACUCCAGGACCUUGAGAUGCUUCUUACGGAGCCACUCCUUAGUUUCCCUGGCUGUGUGUUUCGGGUCGUUGUCAUGCCGGAAGACCCAGCCACGACCCAUCUUCAAUGCUCUUACUGAGGGAAGGAGGUUGUUGGCCAAGAUCUCGCGAUACAUGGCCCCAUCCAUCCUCUCCUCAAUACGGUGCAGUCGUCCUGUCCCCUUUGCAGAAAAGCAUCCCCAAAGAAUGAUGUUUCCACCUCCAUGCUUCACGGUUGGGAUGGUGUUCUUGGGGUUGUACUCAUCCUUCUUCUUCCUCCAAACACGGCGAGUGGAGUUUAGACCAAAAAGCUCUAUUUUUGUCUCAUCAGAUCACAUUACCUUCUCCCAUUCCUCCUCUGGAUCAUCCAGAUGGUCAUUGGCAAACUUCAGACGGGCCUGGACAUGCGCUGGCUUGAGCAGGGGGACCUUGCGUGCGCUGCAGGAUUUGAAUCCAUGACGGCCUAGUGUGUUACUAAUGGUUUUCUUUGAGACUGUGGUCCCAGCUCUCUUAAGGUCAUUGACCAGGUCCUGCCGUUAAGUUCUGGGCUGAUCCCUCACCUUCCUCAUGAUCAUUGAUGCCCCACGAGGUGAGAUCUUGCAUGGAGCCCCAGACUGAGGGUGAUUGACCGUCAUCUUGAACUUCUUCCAUUUUCUAAUAAUUGCGCCAACAGUUGUUGCCUUCUCACCAAGCUGCUUGCCUAUUGUCCUGUAGCCCAUCCCAGCCUUGUGCAGGUCUACAAUUUUAUCCCUGAUGUCCUUACACAGCUCUCUGGUCUUGGCUAUUGUGGAGAGGUUGGAGUCUGUUUGAUUGAGUGUGUGGACAGGUGUCUUUUAUACAAGUAACGAGUUCAAACAGGUGCAGUUAAUACAGGUAAUGAGUGGAGAACAGGAGGGCUUCUUAAAGAAAAACUAACAGGUCUGUGUUAGCCGGAAUUCUUACUGGUUGGUAGGUGAUCAAAUACUUAUGUCAUGCAAUAAAAUGCAAAUUAAUUACUUAAAAAUCAUACAAUGUGAUUUUCUGGAUUUUUGUUUUAGAUUCCGUCUCUCACAGUUGAAGUGUACCUAUGAUAAAAAUUACAAACCUCUACAUGCUUUGUAAGUAGGAAAACCUGCAAAAUUGGCAGUGUAUCAAAUACUUGUUCUCCCCACUGUAUGUGUAUGUGACCAAAAAAAUUUGAUUUGAUUUGAAGCACACACAAAAUCUCUACAUCAAAAAGUGUUUUCUUUGUAAGAAGAGUAGUUGAGUAUUCAAACGUGACUUGUUGUAAUAACUUCGGAAGCACUGAGUUACCAAAACUACGUUACGUGCUUGGUAGAGUGUUUUUACUGUGGUCGUGUUGUUUCCCUCCAGACCAUUCCUAUUGGACGAACCACCAUUUUAUCUUCUCUGUCUCGGGCCUCUGAUAACUCUGUUCCCCUUGGCGUCAGUCUAAUAAUUGCCAUGGCUCCCGUUUAAAAACGCGCCGGCCUGCCUGCCUGUUGAUAGUGUAUCAGGAGACAGGUUGUUUGCUGGACUGGGGGACUGGCUGGUGGUGGGAGACAGGGCGUCCGGCGUCCGGCACCAGACCACCUCCUAAAAUAACCUCCCUCCCUCCCUCUGUCUGUGCGUUUGUCUGUCUCUGUCCACUUGGAGGCCCCGGGGGCUCCCAUGGUCCGGUAGAGAGCAGAGGAGCCAGGGGCCAGGGCCCAGGCAUGUCACAGGAAUAACAUGUCAUCAGCUCCAUUGCUCCCCUAAUGGUCCUCUCCUAGAGACAUGGCAGACAACUUUGUCCACGAAGGCGGCAGAGUGUACUCAACCCCCCCACUCAAGCCCCUUGGCUCCCACUCACGCACACACACACACACACACACACACACACACACACACACACACACACACACACACACACACACACACACACACACACACACACACACACACACACACACACACACACACACACACGCACACACACACACACAACCCCCCUGGGUUCUGGCUAGACAAGGAGCCCCCUUAUAAAAACAUGCUGUCCGGGGUGUUGAAGAUAAUGUGGGGCCAGACAACUGGAUAAAUGCCAGCAACUCUUAAUCUUGGACCAUAGGAAUCUCUGUAAAGACGGCCUGCCAAACGUUAGCCACUUUAGCCAGCUAGAGGGUUUACAUGUUUGGGGUCUGGAUAUUGGCCGAUUGAGAAAAGAGAACUAAUCCUAGAUAUGUACGCAGGGGAAAUGGUCUACCUUGAGAUUUUCUAUAUACAGUACCUUUCUACUGAGCUACAGUACCUACGGUAGUAUCUACAGUACCUUUCUACUGAGCUACAGUACCUACGGUAAUAUUUACAGUACCUUUCUACUGAGCUACUGUACCUACGGUAAUAUCUACAGUACCUUUCUACUGAGCUACAGUACCUACGGUAAUAUCUACAGUACCUUUCUACUGAGCUACUGUACCUACGGUAAUAUCUACAGUACCUUUCUACUGAGCUACAGUACCUACGGUAAUAUCUACAGUACCUUUCUAUUGAGCUACAGUACCUACGGUAAUAUCUACAGUACCUUUCUACUGAGCUACUGUACCUACGGUAAUAUCUACAGUACCUUUCUACUGAGCUACAGUACCUACGGUAAUAUCUACAGUACCUUUCUAUUGAGCUACAUUACAGUAAUAUCUACAGUACCUUCCUACUGAGCUACAGUACCUACGGUAAUAUCUACAGUACCUUUCUAUUGAGCUACAUUACAGUAAUAUCUACAGUACCUUCCUACUGAGCUACAGUACCUACGGUAAUAUCUACAGUACCUUUCUAUUGAGCUACAUUACAGUAAUAUCUACAGUACCUUUCUACAGAGCUACAGUACCUACGGUAAUAUCUACAGUACCUUUCUAUUGAGCUACAUUACAGUAAUAUCUACAGUACCUUUCUACAGAGCUACAGUACCUACGGUAAUAUCUACAGUGCCUUUCUAUUGAGCUACAUUACAGUAAUAUCUACAGUACCUUUCUACAGAGCUACAGUACCUACGGUAAUAUCUACAGUACCUUUCUAUUGAGCUACAUUACAGUAAUAUCUACAGUACCUUUCUACUGAGCUACAGUACCUACGGUAAUAUCUACAGUACCUUUCUACAGAGCUACAGUACCUACGGUAAUAUCUACAGUACCUUUCUACAGAGCUACAGUACCUACGGUAAUAUCUACAGUACCUUUCUACAGAGCUACAGUACCUACGGUAAUAUCUACAGUACCUUCCUACUGAGCUACAUUACAGUAAUAUCUACAGUACCUUUCUACAGAGCUACAGUACCUAUGGUAAUAUCUACAGUACCUUUCUAUUGAGCUACAUUACAGUAAUAUCUACAGUACCUUUCUACAGAGCUACAGUACCUACGGUAAUAUCUACAGUACCUUUCUAUUGAGCUACAUUACAGUAAUAUCUACAGUACCUUUCUACAGAGCUACAGUACCUACGGUAAUAUCUACAGUACCUUUCUAUUGAGCUACAUUACAGUAAUAUCUACAGUACCUUUCUACAGAGCUACAGUACCUACGGUAAUAUCUACAGUACCUUUCUACAGAGCUACAGUACCUACGGUAAUAUCUACAGUACCUUUCUAUUGAGCUACAUUACAGUAAUAUCUACAGUACCUUUCUACAGAGCUACAGUACCUACGGUAAUAUCUACAGUACCUUUCUAUUGAGCUACAUUACAGUAAUAUCUACAGUACCUUUCUACAUGUCACGGCGGUCGUAAGGAUGAGACCAAUGCGCAGCGUAGCGAGUGAACAUGACUUAUUUUAAUAAAGAAACACACGACAAAACAAAACACGAUCCGUGACGUCCUCAGUUACACAGACUGAACAUAGAACAUGGAAACAAUAACCCACAACUAACACCAGAAAACCUACAUCUUAAAUAUGGCUCCCAAUCAGAGAUAACGAGCCGACAGCUGACACUCGUUACCUCCGAUUGGGAGUCAAUGAAUACAAACACGCACAAUCACCCAACAUAGAAAUACAACAACCUAGACACCCCCACAUAGAAAUACACCCAAAACAAAUGAACAUGAACAACCCUGGCUCAAGAAUAAAGGUCCGUGGAGCCAGAGUGUCACAUUACCCCCCCCUAAAGGUGCGACCUCCGGGCGCACCAGCAUACAGUCUAGGGGAGGGUCUGGGUGGGCGUCUGUCCCUGGUGGCGGCUCUGGCCCAGGUCGUGGUCCCCACUCCACCUUAGUCACUCUCCGCUUUCGUCUACCCUUCCUCAUGACCACCCCCCAACUAAACCCCACUGGAUUAAGGGGCGGCACCGGACUAAGGGGCAGCACCGGACUAAGGGACAGUACCUGACUGAGGGGCAGCACCGGACUGAAUGGCGGAUCCUGGCUGGCUGGCUCUGGCGGAUCCUGUCUGGCAGAAGGCUCUGGCUGAUCCUGUCUGGCGGAAGGCUCUGGCUGAUCCUGUCUGGCGGAAGGCUCUGGCUGCUCCUGUCUGGCGGAGAGCUCUAGCGGCUCCGGUCUGGCGGACGGCUCUGUAGGCUCAUGGCAGACGGGCGGCUUUGCAGGCUCAUGGCAGACGGGCAGCCCCUGCGGCGCUUGGCAGACGGGCAGUUCAGGCGGCGUUGGGCAGACGGACAGUUCAGGCCCCGUUGGGCAGACGGCAGACUCUGGCUGUCUGAAGCGCAUCGUAGAACUGGUGCGUGGUGCCGGAACUGGAGGUACCGGGCUGAGGACACGCAUCUCAGGGCUAGUGCGGGGAGAAGCAACAGGGCAUGCUUGGCCCUGGGGACGCACCGUAGGCCUGAUGCGUGGUGCCGGAACUGGAGGUACCAGGCUGAGGACACGCAUCUCACGCCUAGUGCGGAGAGCAGGAACAGGCCGGGCGGGGCUGGCGACGCGCACCGUAUCCCUGGUGCGAGUGGCCGGAACAGGCCGGGCCGGGCUGGCGAAGCGCACCGUAUCCCUGGUGCGUGGAGUAGGAACAGGCCGGGCUGGGCUGGCGAAGCGCACCGUAUCCCUGGUGCGUGGAGUAGGAACAGGCCGGGCUGGGCUGGCGACGCGCACCGUACACUUAGUGCGAGGGACCGGAACAGGCCGUACCGUACGGGGAACACACACUACUGGCUGCACCUCGGGACUAGGAACGGGCCGGACCGAACUGGUUACACACCCCAGUACCACAUGCCGUGCCUCAACACUUUCCUUCCCUGCUUUACCCAGUAGCCCCCUUGUACUGGCGGCCAUAUCUGCCAACCUCUUGCACUCCUCCGGGCCGUACACCUUCUGCCCCGACGUCGUGAGCCCCCCCCCAAAAAUUUUCUGGGGGUCUCUCCUCCCCGUGGACCAGGCAUCUAUCUUCCUCGCCAGACUCUCCAGACUCUCCAUCCUCUGCUCCCAAGUCCAACCUCUCUCCUCCUCACGCGGCUUGACCCAGUUGAAGUGGAUAUCCGCUAGAGUUGGAAAGGGCGUCGGCUCCUGGACACCCUGCUUGUUACGCCGCUUGGUCCUCUUGUGGUGGGUUAUUCUGUCACGGCGGUCGUAAGGAUGAGACCAAUGCGCAGCGUAGCGAGUGAACAUGACUUAUUUUAAUAAAGAAACACACGACAAAACAAAACACGAUCCGUGACGUCCUCAGUUACACAGACUGAACAUAGAACAUGGAAACAAUAACCCACAACUAACACCAGAAAACCUACAUCUUAAAUAUGGCUCCCAAUCAGAGAUAACGAGCCGACAGCUGACACUCGUUACCUCCGAUUGGGAGUCAAUGAAUACAAACACGCACAAUCACCCAACAUAGAAAUACAACAACCUAGACACCCCCACAUAGAAAUACACCCAAAACAAAUGAACAUGAACAACCCUGGCUCAAGAAUAAAGGUCCGUGGAGCCAGAGUGUCACACUACAGAGCUACAGUACCUACGGUAAUAUCUACAGUACCUUUCUACAGAGCUACAGUACCUACGGUAAUAUCUACAGUACCUUUCUACUGAGCUACAUUACAGUAAUAUCUACAGUACCUUCCUACUGAGCUACAUUACAGUAAUAUCUACAGUACCUACGGUAAUAUCUACAGUACCUUCCUACUGAGCUACAUUACAGUAAUAUCUACAGUACCUUUCUACAGAGCUACAGUACCUACGUUAAUAUCUACAGUACCUUUCUAUUGAGCUACAUUACAGUAAUAUCUACAGUACCUACGGUAAUAUCUACAGUACCUUCCUACUGAGCUACAUUACAGUAAUAUCUACAGUACCUUUCUAUUGAGCUACAGUCAGAGUAUGUGAGCGGAGCGGAGCUGGAGCGUAGUGAGGAGUGGAGCGUGCCCAAUUUGACUGGAGCGCGGAGCAAGAUUCCCAAAGGCUGGAGCGCCGGCGCUCUCGCCCCCUCCAAUUUCGCUCCAGUACCGCUCCAGGGUCGCUCGCUUCAUGAGCUCAGGGCGCGGCCCGGCCCAGCAUGCAUUUGUAGUCUACUUGUGCGCUGCUAUAGCCCCUUGCUUUAGCUGCUGUCAUGGAGUUCACUAAAUAUUGUCAUAAAGAAACUGAUAAAACACACAGGUGAAAACUCAAGGUGACUUACAAAGAUGAGGACCAAGAGCAAGAGAGGGAGUGUGGUGAUGUAAUGUCCACAACUAAAGAAUCAUUGUGGAAUCUGAAAUGACACGUAUCCUGAAAGUAUGAUGGGGUACUUACUACGUGCACAUGCUAAAAGAAAGGAAUGAAGUGGGUAGAUAACUAAGUGUGUCAUUGUAGCAAAGUAUUUAUAAACUCAAAAUCAGAUCUCUUAAAAGUUUCCUUAAUUUUUGUUCUAUUAUCUAUACAAUAGACCAUCAUUGAUUUUGGCCCAAUAGGCCUGGCUUUUUCCAACUUUCAAGGAGCUUUCUGUUUUGAUUGGGUUAUUUUGCCUAAAAACCUUUAGGCCCGUCUAUAUACACUGCAUAACCAACAUCGUCGAACAUCUCAUUCCAAAAUCAUGGGCAUUAACAUGCAGUCGGCGUUCCAAUUCAUCCCAAAGGUGUUCGAUGGGAUUAAGGUCAGAGCUCUGUGCAGGCCAGUCAAGUUCUUCCACACCGAUCUUGACAAACCAUUUCUGUAUGGACCUCGCUUUGUGCACGGGGGCAUUGUCAUGCUGAAACAGGAAAGGGCCUUCCCCAAACUGUUGACACAAAGUUGGAAGCACAAAAUCUUCUAUAAUUUCAUUGUAUGCUGUAGCGUUAAGAUUUCCCUUCACUGGAACUAAGGGGCCUUGCCCGAACCAUGAAAAACAGCCCCAGACCAUUAUUCCUCCUCCACCAAACUUUACAGUUGUCACUUUGCAUUCGGGCAGGUAGCGUUCUCCUGGCACCCGCCAAACCCAGAUUCGUCCGUUGGACUGCCAGAUGGUGAAACGUGAUUCAUCACUCCAGAGAACGCUUUUCCACUGCUCCAGAGUCCAAUGGUGGUGAGCUUUGGACCACUCCAGUCAACGCUUGGCAUUGCGCAUAGUGAUCUUAGUCCCGUGUGCGGCUGCUCGGCCAUGGAAACCCAUUUCAUGAAGCUUGCUUCCAGAGGCAGUUUGGAUCUUGGUAGUGAGUGUUGCAACCGAGGACAGAUGAUUUUUACGCGCUUCAUCACUCGGCGGUCCCGUUCUGUGAGCUUGUGUGGCCUACCACUUCGCGGCUGAGCCGUUGUUGCUCCUAGACAUUUCCACUUCACAAUAACAGCACUUACAGUUGACUGGGGCAGCUCCAGCUGGGUAGAAAUGUUACGAACAGACUUGUUGGAAAGGUGGCAUCCUAUGACGGUGCAAUGUUGAAAGUCACUGAGCUCUUCAGUAAGGCCAUUCUACUGCCAAUGUUUGUCUAUGGAGAUUGCAAUGGGUGUGGCUGAAAUAGCCGAAUCCACUAAUUUGAAGGGAUGUCCACAUACUUUUGUAUAUACUGUAUGGUGUGUAUAAAAAUAAAAACUCUGCAUCCCUGCCCAGCCUGGCAAGAGUGGCCAAACGUGUGUUUAGCAUUCCCAGUGGCUCUGCAAGUGCGGAGAAGACUCAAGCGCAGAGAAGACAUUCUCCACUGCUGGCCUGCUCUCCAAGAACCAUCGUAUGAGCCUGAAGCCACAGACUCUGGACAAACUGGUGUUUCUAAAAAUGAAUUCAAAGGCACUGUAGACUGAGCCUAAUAAGGCAUUUUUUCACAGCCUAUAUGUGCAAUUUAUAGACUAUAAUGAUUUAAUACAACAAAAUGUUCUUUAAAUGCUGAGCGAUUAAUGUCCCUGACUCCCUACUGGCCUAGUGUGUCGCACUCGCAAAUGCUUUACAAUGUGUUUCUUUGUAGGCUAUAGCCUUGAAAUAAUUGAAAUAAUAUAGCCUAAAUUCAUUUCCGUUCCUUCUUAGGCUCUCUGUCUGGCUCCUGACCUAUUUAGAGUGUUUAUAUGCUGUUUAAUAUGACAUGUAGCCUAUUUGAAAUGAUGAGCACUUCUUACAUUCACCUUUUCAGGUUUAUUAAAAUACUUUUCUUUCAAAUCCAUAUGGCUUGGUUUCAAUACUUCAAAACCAAAUGGUAGGUCCAGGUAGUCACAAAAAUAGAUGGGUGUUGGUUAAAUUGUGAUCUUAAUGAAUGGAGCGAAUUUGAAGCACAGUUUUCUUUUCCUGUGAGCACGGAGUGGUUUUUAGCAGAGAUGUUGGAAAGUAUGUGGAGUGCCAGGCACCGCUCCACGAGCGACCGCACAACUCCACUCAUACUCUGGCUACAUUACUGUAGUAUUUACAGUACGUUUCUACUGAGCUACAGUACUGUAGUAUCUACAAUAGCUUUCUACUGAGCUACUGUACCUACGGUAAUAUUUACAGUACCUUUCUACUGAGCUACAGUACCUACGGUAGUAUUUACAGUACCUUUCUACUGAGCUACUGUACAGUAGUAUCUACAGUACCUUUCUACUGAGCUACAGUACCUACGGUAAUAUUUACAGUACCUUUCUACUGAGCUACAGUACCUACGGUAAUAUUUACAGUACCUUUCUACUGAGCUACAGUACCUACGGUAAUAUUUACAGUACCUUUCUACUGAGCUACAGUACCUACGGUAAUAUUUACAGUACCUUUCUACUGAGCUACAGUACCUACGGUAAUAUUUACAGUACCUUUCUACUGAGCUACAGCACCUACGGUAAUAUUUACAGUACCUUUCUACUGCGCUACAGUACCUACGGUAAUAUUUACAGUACCUUUCUACUGAGCUACUGUACCUACGGUAAUAUCUACAGUACCUUUCUACUGAGCUACUGUACAGUAGUAUCUACAGUACCUUUCUACUGAGCUACAGUACCUACGGUAGUAUUUACAGUACCUUUCUACUGAGCUACAGUACCUACGGUAAUAUUUACAGUACCUUUCUACUGAGCUACAGCACCUACGGUAAUAUUUACAGUACCUUUCUACUGCGCUACAGUACCUACGGUAAUAUUUACAGUACCUUUCUACUGAGCUACUGUACCUACGGUAAUAUCUACAGUACCUUUCUACUGAGCUACAGUACCUACGGUAGUAUUUACAGUACCUUUCUACUGAGCUACAUUACAGUAGUAUCUAUAGUACCUUUCUACUGUAUUUGAGUUCUCCAUCUAGCCCACACUUCUCAUGUCAGCUGGACUGAGACAUACAGCGAACAGCGACGUUAAUGAGAGGGAAGGUCCAAUCAGGGCCCUCUCUGCUCCCUUCACUCACAGUUCAACACUAAUGCUCUCCCGUCCCUUUGAAACGGCACUCGGCUUUCAACCCUAAUGACUUUCCAUGCCGCUUAUAUUUAUUUUUCUUCUUCUCUUUCGCGGGACCGUCCCACUCUUUGGGGCCGGGCCAACUGGCUGGUCCUCCUACUCGUUUAUCACUGUCCUCUUCUUUUCUUCACUCCAUUUUGAAAGAGGUAGUCAGCAAUGAAUGAAAAGCACUCUUGUGACAGGACACCAGUGUUUCCUGGAAAUUAAGUAUUCAUUAGGAUUUCCGUCACAUGUCUAAAUGGCACGAGAGGUAGGGAGAAGGAGAGGAGGAGGGGGGAUUUCCAAUGUUACAAAAGGGUAAGGGGUUUAACAUCAGCCCUGGUGGAGCUCCGGAAUUGAGCGCUAAAUAAGAUCUAAGCAAACAUUCGUUAUUUCUAAUACCGGCAUUAGCAGAGUCCACAACAGGUGGAUGUAUAUUAUACAGAGAUUGAUGUACCAGCCCGUUUGUUGACAUUAACAUCUAACAAAUAUUUAAGUAGAGCUCAUGAGAGUGUUAAGAAUAGUUUGGGAGUGUGUUAUAGUUCCCAUUUAUCCCACUGUAGCAAAUAUUAAUGUUCACUAAUGUUCAAUUGUGAACCGUUCAAUUGUGAGUUCAAAUGUUCAAUAUUGAGCUAAAAUGGCUUUCAAUGUUUCAUGCAUAUUGUCCAGGAUCUAAACAUUUCAGAGUCAAAAAUGGCCUCUUCACUGUCACAUUUUGGACUCAAUGUCUACAAUUGAAAUCGGCAUUUCCUGUUCUCAUUUCAUCCCCUUUACUCAUCUUCGCUCAUACCUCUCUCACAUCUCUUUCAUCUUGCCGUCACAACAGUGUCUUUUCUAUUCCCCUCCUUUCUGCUUACCUCUUUCCUCAUUCAAUCUUACUCCUCCUUCUCCUCAUGUCUCUGCUCCUUCCCUCCUUCCACCUCCAUCUGUCUCAUUUCCUACUCUUCUCUGUCUCCUCUUUUCCCUCUCUCCCUUCCUCCCCCUCCUCCUCCCUUCCUCCAUCUUCCCCCUCCUCUUCCUCCCUCCUCCUCCUCCCUCUCUCUCCUCAUUCCUCCUCCUCUCCCUCCUUUCCUCCUCUUCCCCUCUUCCUCUCCUCCUCCUCUUCCUCCUCUUCCUCUUCCCUCCUUCCUCUCUCAUCUUCCCUCCUCUUCUCUCCUCCUCCUCCCCUCUCUUCCCCUUCCUCUCCUCUUCCUCCUCCUCCUCCUCCCUUCCUCCCUCCUCCUCUCUCCCUCCUCUUCUUCCUCUUCCUCCCCCUCUCUUUCCUCUUUCCUCUCCUCUUCCUCUCUCCUCCUCCUCUUCCUCUUCUCCUCCUCUUCCAUCCUUCCUCUUUUCUUCCUCUCCUCUUCUUUUUCCUCUUCUCUUUCCUCUCCUCCUCCUCCUCCUCCCAUCCUCUUCAUCUUCUCCUCCUCUCCUUCCUCUUCCUCUUUACCUCAUUUCCUCCUCGUCCUCCUUCCUCCUCCCCUCCUCCUCCUCUUCCUCUUCUUCUUCCUCCUCUUCCUCCUCUUCCUCCUCAUCCCCCCUCCUCCACCACAUGUCUUUAAGCCUGUCUCCACAAGGGGUAAGUUCUAGAACCUUAUACUUGUUCGUUUGUUUGCUUUCAGAAUAAGUCUCUGUUUAGACUUCCAUCAGGGGGGAACAGUAUCUAAGAAAACGAGGAAGGAAAUGGGCCCAAAACAAAGGAAGAGGAAAGGACCCCUCUGUGAUAGAGCCGGUCCCUUGCUGUUCCUGGCUGCAGUGGUGUCGUGCAAAACAUGGCGCCACACUAGAACCGGCCAUAGGCUGUGGGUUGUGGCAGACAGGAGAGCAGACAUGGACUUUCAUGGAGAACCACACGUUCACAACUACGUAGGUCAGUACAGAGAAUAAACAAGGGGAGAAAUGUUGUGGUAUGGUCUGUUGUGUCAAUAUUAUUUCUGACAAAGGAUGGCUUCAUAGAAUGCACUGAGAAAGAUUCGUAGAAAGCACUACCCUGGAUGAAACUGUAAAUUGAAUGUUUAUUUGUGUUGCAUUGCAAAGUUAUAUUGUGAAAACAUUCUGCAUGGUGCCAUAAGGGGAAUCUGCGGUAUGAUGACAAACAUAUUUAAGUCUGAUUCAUACUUUGUCCUGACUCCAAUCACACUCUUGUCUGAUAAGCAACCUCAUUUUAGUCACAGACCACAGUUGAAUAAAAGUCACAAUCCACUGGAACAGUAUGUCUACCGUGGACAUUGUGUCCCAGUUUGUGAGUGAACGUUCCAGUACUUUGUGACAGAGUGCAGGGCAGGGCCCGAUCCUGUCCCCUGUCAGACUCAUACUGGGAGAGAACCAGAGGGGUUGGAACAGGCAGUUCUCCAUCUACACAUACUGUCCUGCCUGCAGAGACAACUGGCCUGUAACAACAGACUUUGCUGUCCCCAUUUCAACCAUCAGACGUGCAGUUUUCUCUUCAUAAUGUAAAGUGUGAUAUUUCCAAUAUUUGAGUUAUUUGCUAGCGUCCAUGUUAUUCGGGCACAUGCAACUUAUCCCAACUCGAUCGUCUGCUGUGCUAGGUUGCACAUAUAUCUGCAGUGAGUGGCUUUUUGGUCUACCAUCCAAACAUACAGUUGAAGUCAGAAGUUUACAUACACUUAGGUUGGAGUCAUUAAAACAGCUUGGAAAAUUCCAGAAAAUGAUAUCAUGGCUUUAGAAGCUUCUGAUAGGCUAAUUGACAUCAUUUGAGUCAAUUGGAGGUGUACCUGUGGAUGUAUUUCAAGGCCUACCUUCAAAUUCAGUGCCUCUUUGCUUGACAUCAUAGGAAAAUCAAAAGAAAUCAGCCAAGACUGGUUCAUCCUCGGGAGCAAUUUCCAAACUCCUGAAGGUACCACGUUCAUCUGUACAAACAAUAGUACGCAAGUAUAAACACCAUGGGACCACGCAGCCGUCAUACUGCUCAGGAAGGAGACGCGUUCUGUCUCCUAGAGAUGAACGUACUUUGGUGUGAAAAGUGCAAAUCAAUCCCAGAACAACAGCAAAGGACCUUGUGAAGAUGCUGGAGGAAACAGGUACAAAAGUAUCUAUAUCCACAGUAAAUCGAGUCCUAUAUCAACAUUACCUGAAAGGCCGCUCAGCAAGGAAGAAGCCACUGCUCCAAAACCGCCAUAAAAAAGCCAGACUACGGUUUGCAACUGCACAUGGUGACAAAGAUUGUAAUUUUUGGAAAAAUGUCCUCUGGUCUGAUGAAACAAAAAUAGAACUGUUUGGCCAUAAUGACCAUCGUUAUGUUUGGAGGAAAAAGGUGGAUCUUGCAAGCCGAAGAACACCAUCCCAACCGUGAAGCACGGGGUUGGCAGCAUCAUGCUGUGGGGGUGCUUUGCUGCAGGAGGGACUGGUGCACUUCACAAAAUAGAUGGCAUCAUGAGGAAGGAAAAUUAUGUGGAUAUAUUGAAGCAACAUCUCAAGACAGGAAGGAAGUUAAAGCUUGGUCACAAAUGGGUCUUCCAAAUAGACAAUGACCCCAAGCAUACUUCCAAAGUUGUGACAAAAUGGCUUAAGGACAACAAAGUCAAGGUAUUGGAGUGGCCAUCACCUCAAUCCUAUAGAACAUUUGUGGGCUGAACUGAAAAAGCUUGUGCGAGCAAGGAGGCCUACAAACCUGAUUCAGUUACAUCAGCUCUGUCAGGAGGAAUGGGCCAAAAUUCACCCAGCUUAUUGUGGGAAGCUUGUGGAAGGCUACCUGAAACAUUUGACCCAAGUUAAACAAUUGAAAGGCAAUGCUACCAAAUACUAAUUGAGUGUAUGUAAACUUCUGACCCACUGGGAAUGUGAUGAAAUAAAUAAAAGCUUAAAUAAAUCAUUCUCUCUACUAUUAUUCUGACAUUUCACAUUCUUAAAAUAAAGUGGUGAUCCUAACUGACCUAAGACAGGGAAUUUUUACUAAGAUCAAAUGUCAGGAAUUGUGAAAAACUGAGUUUAAAUGUAUUUGGCUAAGGUGUAUGUAAACUUCCGACUUCAACUGUAUGCAUGUUCCAUUGUUGGAGAAUAGCUGUAUAGAGAGACGUUAGAUUGAGGUUCUGUAGAGAAUGGGUCCAGAGGUCCUGUAGAGAAUGGGUCCAGAGGUUCUGUAGAGAAUGGGUCCAGAGGUUCUGUAGAGAAUGGGUCCAGAUGAAGUGUGAAUGAGAAUACAUUUCUGUACACUGUACAGGAUGUGCGUGUGUUUUGCUGUGUCACUGUUGUGUCCCUCAACCCCUAUACUUUAGUGUCCUGGCAACAACAAUCUCAUUAGCUGGUGGCCAUCUAGGGCGAGGGCUGCACCCUUUUACGUCAGAAAGGCCCAGUCUCAUACAUCUAAUCUUUUCAGAGGGGAAGAAAAACCUCCUCUAAAACGAGACAGUAGGAACUGGGGAGACAUGAGGGUUGGCUGUCUGGCUGACUGACUGACUGACUUGCUGCGGAGCCAUGCGGGCUGGCUGGCUGGGGAGAGGAGGUCUGAAGAGAGAGGAGAGAGAGAGAGGUCUGGAGAGAGAGGAGAAAUCAGAAGUAGAUUGGAGACAGGAAGAGAGUGGCGUCAGUACAGGCGGGAGAUAAGAGCACUGACUCCACACACAAACACACACAUCUCUCUCUCUCUCUCGCUCUCUUUCUGGCUGGCUGACACAGCAGGCGCCCCCAGUAGAGAUAUGGCCUCUCACGCAUGCACGCAAGCAUGCACGCACACACACACACACACACACACACACAAACACACACACGUACACAGUUUAACCCUAACCCCAAACCCUAACCCUAAUUCUAACCCUAACCCCUAAUCCUAAAAAAGCCUUUUUCCUUGUGGGGACCGGCAGAAUUUCCCAUGUUUUACUAUCCUUGUGAGGACUUCUGGUGCCCACAAGGAUAGUAAAAACAAACCACACACACACACACACACACACACACACACACACACACACACACACACACACACACACACACACACACAUCAAUGACCCAUAAGAUGUAAGACCUGUGACCUCUGACCUGUGUGAAUAUGGCUGCUGGGUAGUGAAACACAGAGGCUGACUCUAACCCAUACCAGAGAGGUAGAUUCACAAGUGCUGAAUCACAGCAAUAAUGAAAUAAUCCAAUACAAUGUACCGCACUCAGAGGUUUAGGGGAAGAAAAUGGAUCAGAUGUCCUUCUGCAAAUGAUCAUGCUGGGAUAUUCAAAACAUUGCUAUUGUGCUGGCCUUUUAUGUGGAAUAGUUAAUAUCUCGGAACUACAAACCUUGUAGUCUUCAGUCCAAAUAGUCAGUCAAUAUCCAGAUAUAGAUCCAGAUCCAGAUAUACAUCCAGAUCCAGAUAUAGAUCCAGUUCCAGAUAUAGAUCCAGAUAUAGAUAUCUAUUAUACUUUUUGACUGUUUAUUGAAGUUAGGACAGUGCUGCUACUGUAUGUUAUAUGUGAUCAGAUCAGACUACUGUCUCCCAGAGCUAUGAGUCUUUCCAUCAGACUACUGUCUCCCAGAGCUAUGAGUCUUUCCAUCAGACUACUGUCUCCCAGAGAUAUGAGUCUUUCCAUCAGACUACUGUUUGCAAAGACUCAUAGCUCUCCGGAAUGCUGGCUGAGGGGGGCUGUGCAAAAGGUUGCCAGUUUGUGUGUGUGUGUGUGUGUGUGUGUGUUUUUGUUUGCAUUCAUGUGUGUGUUCCUGCAAUUAACACAAUUAUACGACUCAAAAAUAAAAUGUUCUGAGGACAGCAAAUUUAUUUUUGCCAAAUCAAGAAAAAUGUGAAACUAAUCAUCAAAUGUUCCAAGUUUUAUAAUGUUAAUCAUGAGAUAAACAUGUGUCUGCCAACUAUACAAAUUCGUCAAAGCAAUACUUAUUUCUAAAAAAUGCCAAACAAUUUACCAGGAUGCUAGAAAUGUCUCCUAAGAUCUGAUUUUACAUUUAGGAGUUUUUUGGGGGGCUAAAAUGAAUUUGGAACAAAUAGCCUAUGUUUUGUCACACCACCAACCUAAUACAACAUAUAACACACACACCCUCACAUAAAACUCAAACAGGUCAUUUUGACGUCAUUUUGAACCUUUUUUGAAUUCUAAAAAGUUCAUUUUCAAUUGUAUUAAUGGCUUGCAAGGUAAAUUAUCAUUAACACUGUAAAUCCUUUCAGUGUUUCUCCUUUGUUUCUUUGACAGCCCUGUAUCUGUUAGAGGGAUGUAAGAUGCAAGUGACCUUCAAAGAUGACCUUUAAGGAAACAAGUGACCUUCAAAGAUGACCUUUAAGGAAACAAGUGACCUUCAAAGAUGACCUUUAAGGAAACAAGUGACCUUCAAAGAUGACCUUUAAGGAAACAAGUGACCUUCAAAGAUGACCUUUAAGGAAACAAGUGCCCCACCACAGAGCAAUAGAUGUUGGUGGCUUUCCAGGUCGUCUUUUUUUUGCAGUCGCGCUGCUCGUCUCAGAAGAUUGCUAUAUCAAAUCAAUGUGGUUCCUGUUAUGUUUAAUUAGACACCUAUCCAGGCUUUGUGAGAUUUGAUCACCUGUGCAGCGCGACUGCUAAAAAAAAGAUGACCUAGAACGCCACCGUUGUCUAAAGCUUACUACAAGCUCUACGCAGACGCACGAUUCGGAGUGUUGCAAUGUUGUUUUUCAUCGCAAAUAAUAUGUACUAAUAAUGUUUUAGGUUACACCGGCAUAUUUGAAAAAAUAUAUAUAAAUCUGAUAACUUUGCGAUCACCCCCUUUGUGAAUGUGAGUGCAUUGUUACCGAAAGGUGUCCACUACUCCAAUAAAAUUCCCACUCCACCCACGUGCACGUAGAUCAAUGGAGUGAAGCUUGUAGUAACCUUUACUAGGACCCAUAAUAACCUUUCCUCAAUCCUCAGAGCUUGAGUAGAGGAAAGGAAGGGGAAAGGAAUACAGACAUUUUUCUUUUUUAGGAGGGAUUUCAGGCUUGGAAUGCUGGCUGAAUGGGACUGUGCAAAAGGUUGCCGGUUUGUGUGUGUGUGUGUGUGUGUGUUUGCAUUCGUGUGUGUGUGUGUGUUUGCAUUUAUGUAUGUGUGUGUGUUUGUGUGUGUUUAUAGUGGCAGUCAGAGAGCUGAUAAAGGGCUGCUCCAGGCUCCAAGUAGAGUUCUGGGACAAUACAACACAGGAACUGAGCUGCCAGACACAGGAGGUCAAUAGACCUGCUGUCAACAUGGCCUCUGUUCUUAUCUUUCUUUGCCUACCCCAGAGUGUGUGUGUGUGUGUGUGUGUGAGUGUGAGUGUGAGUUUCGUAAAUGUGCGCAGGAUGUUCUUAGUAUGUUUGUGGUCAUGCGUAUGUGCCUGUGAGUGUGUGUGGUAAACGUGUGUGUGUGUGUGUGUGUGUGUUUUCUCUCUCUGUGUGUAUGUGUGUGUUUUUUCUCUCUCUGUGUGUGUGUGUGUGUGUGUGUGUGUGUUUUUUUUCUCUCUCUGUGUGUGUGCGGUUGUGUGUGAAACUACCUGAUACCAUGAGCUGUACUGUGUCUCCCUGUCUUGGCCCAGCACCAGACGCUGGUUUGACUGAAGCACUCUGGGACUAUGGGGAAUACUUGGAAUUCCUGCUUUUUCCCUUCGUUGACUCAUUCAGGGGAGGACCUAUACCAUGCUAGGCUGACACUAUAGCUGUCAUGUUUUCACUGAGAAAUGGACAGAGAGAGAGAGAGAGACGAGGUCUUAUGUCUUGUAUAUUAGUGUUUCCCAAACUCAGUCCUGCCACGAAUGUCAUUCUCAUCAUGAAGAUGUGUCCUGAAUAGUUUCAAUUCCCAAUCAACUCCUAUGGGUUUUAACAACACCCUAUUCAACAGUGCUGUUGGUAUGCAAACCAUUUUGCUGGGUUUUGAAUUUUAAUAUGUAAAUUCUCCAUCACCAAACAGUGUAAAUUAAAAGGACCUGCGUUGGCCGGGAAUCGAACCCGGGUCAACUGCUUGGAAGGCAGCUAUGCUCACCACUAUACCACCAACACUCAGUGGAAUUAAAGGAAUUCAACAGGGCAGUUGUAGGUUUCUGAUAAGUAUUUUAAGAGUCGCUCUCUCACUCUUGCUUGGAUAGUUGACUUUCAUGGUGAUACUUGCUUAUAUAUUGAGUCCACUCCACACUGAGAUGGAGGAGGAGAACCCUCCACACUGAGAUGGAGGAGGAGAACCCUCCACACUGAGAUGGAGGAGGAGAACCCUCCACACUGAGAUGGAGGAGCAGAACCCUCCACACUGAGAUGGAGGAGGAGAACCCUCCACACUGAGAUGGAGGAGGAGAACCCUCCACACUGAGAUGGAGGAGGAGAACCCUCCACACUGAGACGGAGGAGCAGAACCCUCCACACUGAGAUGGAGGAGCAGAACCCUCCACACUGAGACGGAGGAGCAGAACCCUCCACACUGAGAUGGAGGAGCAGAACCCUGUGGGUACAGAGAGUACAGAGAAAUAGGGAGGACUCCCCAUCAAUAUCAACUCUCCACACAAAGCAGGAUAGCAUAAGAUACUAUUCAAGAUACUGUUCUGAAAUGCGCUGUGUUAAAAGAGGUUUGAAACUGUUUGGCCUUACGACUGACAGGUUCCAGGUGGCCUCAUGGGGAGUAGACAUGGUGAUCAAGGAGAGCUGCUAAUCUACUGGUCGUCACAUAUCAAAGCCAGAGAGAUCCUUCAAUCUCAUAUUAUACAGAAAUAUACAGUGCAUUCGGAAAGUAUUCAGACCUGUUUUCGCUUUGUCACUAUGGGGUAUUGUGUGUAGAUUGAUGAGGGGAAAAAAAUAUUUCAUCAAUUUUAGAUUAAGGUUGUAACGUAACAAAAUGUGGAAAAAGUAAAGGGGUCUGAAUACUUUCCGAAUGCACUGUAAGCGUGAACUUGGACUCUAUGUUAACAUUUCUGUAUUUUUUAUACACACGUCAUCAUGGCCUCGGUGCCGCGAAUAUGCAAUCGUCAAAAUGCAGCUACCUCCGUACAGAAGCUAGCUACUUUAUGAGAAUAGACUAAACGUCAACUAGGCUGAGCUGUCUGAACUAGCAUCUGUGCUGUGCUAGUGUAAACAACUAGCUAUCUUGUAUUUCCAAGGCUUCUGUCUUUUCAAAAACAGCCAUGAACUGGAAAUACAUUAAAAUGACCUCUUCAUUCCAUAUCUCACAGCCUCUUGUUUCAUACAUGAAUUCCGUUGCAGAACGAUGUCAGUCAUAUAUCACUUACUCCAUUACGUUUUGUUGGCAAAACCAGUAAUAGCUAAGCUAGGCAGCAGUGCACCACACAAACACAGGAAGUUAGAAAGAACCAAGAAGUUGAUAGGCCUAUAUGGAUUUACAACAACGGAAAUCAUAAAAUAACUUUAAUAACAGCCAUGGCACCUUAACACCCAGGACUCUCUGUACAUUUCCUCCUACCACCGCAGCUAGACUGUGACAGACGGCAACAGUUGCAGGCUAGCUUCCUAACUAUUUUGUUCUCACAGGGUCUGCAACAGAUGGGGAGGCGGGCGUUGAGGCGCAAAGUAGAGAGAUGUAAAAUGGAGGUGACAAUCCCAGAGGAGGCUGAGACAUUUGCCACUGAGACUGACUGAGACUGACUGGGGCGGAUCCUUUAAGACCCUCAGUGGCUCAAGGACAUAACCCCCUGCUCCCCUCCUCCUCUCGCUCCCAUAGAGUCAAGUGCCGAGGGGGUUGAGGGGGUGGUGGGUGAGCCUUCUUCAGCUUCCUUUUAAGGCCAUGGUGUGAGGGCGAGCAGGGUCCAUCCACCCUCUUUAUGAAGCAGACGUGCUCAGGAUUUAGAAAGCUCUGUCGUGAGCCCGUGGUGAUGUCAGAGACAAGGAAGUACGAAUGAGCCGUGUUCUUCCUAACUUCGUAUACAGAGCGAAUGUGACGGCUACCGAGUCCGGCUUCAUGAGCCGCUGUACAUAUGCCUUUAGGAAUGAGGGAGAAAGAGAGAGAAUAAAUAUGUAGUAGGAUAGAGGGAAAGAGAGAUAACAUGUAUGUUUUGUGCUUAGCACCAGCCACCCUGCGCUCUUUGAUGCAGAGUCAGACAGAAUGUUAAUUCCAAAGUCCUACAAAAGGGCCAGGAACAGUUCAACAUUGCCAUGUAAAAUGUUAUUUCCAAUUCAGCAACAAUGUCUGUUGGAGCUAAAAGUAUAGACAAAGCCUGGAACCAUCCAAUGGUUGUAUUGCAUUAGUUCCAACCAGUCUAUACUCUAAAAGGCUGUAUUCCCAAAAGGAUGGACUUACAGGGCAUUAUGGGAGGAUGUCAAACAAACCUCCUCCUCUCCCAUCCCCCAGACCAGUAAAAGUCCUCCUGUCCUGUUCACAGCAUGGGCUGGGCCUUCCAGAGAAUGUGCUUUAUAUCACCAGUAAUUGCUUGUGAUUCUCCCUCUUGACUUCAAAGGCAGGGUGCACGGCAGCUCAGGGGUCAAAGGCGAGACCGUUGCCCAAACGCCCCCCAAUUUCCUGUUGCCGUCUGGCUCGCUCUCUGAGCAGGAAGAGGGAAGAGGGAUCUGA